UUCAUUUUUAUAAUUGUAAAGACUGAGGUGUGUGUAUUAAAAUAUAAAUAGUCUAUAAUCACAAUUUUAAAUAUUUGAGGGCCUAUUGAUAUAUAGUUUAGAGUGAAUUGGCCAAUGAACUGUGUGUACAAGAGCUGAAAUGUGUGAUCAGAUCCUGACCUUUGUUCUUUCUUAGUCUUAAAGUUAGUCUGGAAGCCAGUUCAGCUCUGGUGUAUCUUAUAGUGGCCUCAAACAACUAGUGUGUAACAGCCCACUCUGGGGUGCUAAUACUGGCUGAGAAUCACCAGGAUGCUUUUGGCUUUCCUCAUCUGAUCCCUGGUACUCUCCAACUUGCUGAGUAGAUUGGAUACAUAAGUAGAGUCCUGCACAGAUACAGAAAUAUGGAUCCACAUCUGAUCUGCAUCUACCAGGCUCAAAUCAUCAUUUGAUCCACAAUCUGUGAUCCAGAUUUUACUUGUAUCUGCAUACCAUCUGGAGGGGUGGGGGCAGGAUCAUUCAGGGAAGAGGCAGGCAGCAUGAAAGCAGAGCCUGGUGGUAAGGGACAGCAAGGCCUAGGGGUAACAGGCAACAGGGACCCAAGACUGGGGUUCUGCAGGUCAACAAACGGGGGGAGGGAGGGUGGACAGGGUAAUUUAGGAUGGAGCUUUUUCCCUGCUGACAGUGCAGGAGACUACCCUGGUGCCCCCCCUCCCCUUGCCCAGCAGAGGGGGGGUGGGGUAGGAGAACCCUGUACUGUUAUCCACUUCACAGUCCUCUCCACUAUCUGCAGAUAUAUGCAGUGAUCUAUAUAUAAGGUAAUGAAGACCCAACUAAAUUGACUAAUGAAGACCUACUAAGUCAAUCGCCGAUCAUGCUCCUGUCAACUCCAGCACUCCACUGGAGCAAGAAGAGUAAAGGGAGUCAACGGGAGAAACUUUAGUGGAAGAGUUUAUCCUUUUGACCCUGUUUCCCCCCAGUGGAAAUGCUGCAGUAACUCGAAUUAAGGUACAUCCACUCCAGCGACAUUAUUCAUAUAGCUGGAGUUGUGUACCUUAGUUCAACAUUGCCCUCUAGAGUAGACUUGGCCUCAGAAUUGUUAGAUCUAAAAAUGAUCCUGGUGUGAAGGCUGUCCCAGAGAAGAGCUCAAUUUACUGGAUAACCUUAUGUAGCCAUAUGGGUGCUUGUGUGCUGUUACAAAAUUCUGUAAAGAACAUGAAAUAUGACAAUGAUCUUUCAGAAACUAGGCUAUAGAAAUGAUAUUACAGAUUCUAGUAACGCUUUAAAUUAAGUGUCUGCAAUAUGCUUAACCUUGCAUUAAACUUAAAUUUAACAAGACAGAUGUGCAUUAAGUACUAAGUAUACUUUAGGGAGCAAUCUCACAUUGGCAGGGGAUGGACUGGUUGACCUCCUAAUAGGGCUCUUCCAUCUCUAAUUUCUAUGAUACUAAUUGAUUAUUAAAACACUUUUACUGAGGAUUGAUACGUAGCUAUUAUAUAAGUAUUAAUCUUACAGCCAACUGAUAUUUAAUUUAUACACAAUUUUAACCUACAGUGUCAUUUUAGUUUUCAGACAGUAACCCAGGAAGUAUGCAUUAACUGUAGCUUUGAAAAAUGUUGCUUGUAAAGGAAAUUGGAGAAUUUUGGCAUAUUCUGUGUUUUGUGAUUUAACCAUACUUUGCAGGGAUGGAGAUUUCUAGGGUUUUUCACAUUAAACAUUUGCACACAUGACAACAUGGUUUUGCAAAGACUGCAAUGAUUGUCAUGUAGAAACCUGCAUUUAUUCAGUUUAUACUCUGGAAUUUCAGAUGUCAACAUAUGGCUAUAUACUGAUUUUUUUAAAGACGAUUUCUGUACCCCAGUUUUCAAAAGCACUACAACAUAUCCUAGCAUAAUCAGAAUGCAGAAAAUGAUGCAAAGAUUGUGAACAUUUAGUAUAAAAAUUAAGUUAUGGGAAAUCUUUGCAGUUUUUCCAUGAUCGUUUGUCUAAGCAAAAGGCAGAAGUUUCACAGAGCUUUGUUAUUAAUUCAUGUUAUACAUGCCUAAGGCCAUGGCUCAUAAUGGCAUUCCUUUCUUCUUAACAGACUGUCAGGACUUUCAAAGGACAUCCAGAAAGCCAUAAGUGCCUAUUUGUUGGAUGUAUUUCUCAUAUCCUAAAGGCUUUCUUUGAUAUGGACAGAUCUUUUACAUUCAUGGGUGGAAGUUGCAUUAACAAAUACUUUUUGUUAAUAUCUCAGAAGAUUCACAAGUAUCUGAUCUUUGGCUAAAAAUAAUAUGCAGGGUGUCAGAACGUCUGUAAGUGCUAUUUGAAACAGAUUUUUCAAAUAGCGAGAAAUGAGAAAACCAUGAAUAAAUGCAGAACUUAAUACAAAUGUUCUAUAGCUUGAGAAAAAAAAUAUUCAUUUUAAGUGAGAACUGGAGAAAACCCUCCUGGUUUUGCUUACAAGGGAACUGAGAUUCUGUGUCUACUUUAUGUGAUAUUUACAUUCAACAUAUGUCUUUUGAUGUCAAAAGUGUAAUGAUUCAGUUUUGUUUUUAAUCAGGAGGCUGGAAUGCAGAUGGAAAGGGCCCUAAUGUUUGGGACACAUUCACCCAUCAGGGAGGAGAUCGAGUUUUCAAGAACCAGACUGGUGUUGAUUACUAUGACAAGAUCAUUGAUGACCUGUUGGAAAAUGGCAUUGUGCCCAUGGUGACAUUAUAUCACUUUGACCUACCUCAACAUUUAGAAGAUCAAGGAGGCUGGAGCUCUGAUGCAAUUACCGAGGCCUUUGAUAACUAUGCACAGUUUUGCUUCAGAACAUUUGGAGACCGAGUGAAACUGUGGGUCACUAUGAAUGAGCCGUAUGUAGUUGCUAAAGAUGGCUAUGAAAAAGGCAUUGUGGCUCCAGGAAUAAAGGAACCUGGUACAGGAGCUUACCAGACAGCUCAUAACAUGAUAAAGGCUCAUGCUAAAGUCUGGCACAGUUAUGAUUUGUUAUUUAGAAGAAAGCAAAACGGGCUCUUGUCUAUAGCGCUAAACUCAGAUUGGGCAGAACCUCUAGAUCCAACAUUUCUGGCAGACCAGGAAGCUACUAAAAGGUAUAUGGCUUUUUGCUUAAACUGGUUUGCUGAACCCAUAUUUAUUAGUGGUGACUAUCCAGCCAUCAUGAAAUCCCAGAUCUCUGAAAUGAGUACAAAGCAAGGCUACCUGUCAUCAAGACUUCCAGAAUUUACUGAGGAAGAAAAGCUGAUGAUCAAGGGAACUGCUGACUUUUUUGCCCUAAAUUAUUAUACUACCCGCAAAGUAAAGCAUCAAGAAAAUACACACAGUGAGCCAAGUGUUUCUGGGGACAGAGAAGCUGAACAAAUAAUGGACCAUUCCUGGCCUUGUGCUUCUGGCAGUUCAUGGCUGGCAGUAGUACCAUGGGGUUUACGUAAACUACUGAACUAUAUCAAGGAUACAUACAAUAAUCCUAUAAUUUACAUCACUGAGAAUGGGUUUUCCCAAAGUGACCCUGCUUCACUGGAUGACACUCAGCGCUGGCAGUAUUUCAGGCUAACGUUACAAGAAAUUUUAAAAGCCAUCUCUCUUGAUGACGUCCAUCUUAAAGGAUAUUUUGUGUGGUCCCUCCUUGACAACUUUGAAUGGACUUGUGGAUACAGCUGUCGAUUUGGACUCUUCCAUGUUGACUUUGAAAACCCAGCUCUCCCUCGUGUUCCUUACAGAUCAGCAAUAGAAUACGCCAAAGUUAUCUCCAACAACAGACGUACAAAAUCAGUUGAAGAGCUGUAAUGACCUGCCAUUUGGUACCUACAGCUGGCUCCUUUCGAAGAAGCUGUAUGUAAUUUUUUUUAAAACAGAAUAGUUUAGAAAAUGCUGACUAAUCUGGAGAGGGAGGUUGUAUAUUAACUAACCUGACAGGUUCAGUUAGGAAUACAUGGUUUUCUUUAUGUAAGCAGGAAAGAAAUAAAGUGCAAGUUACUUUGCAGUGGAUUUGGCAACUAUGUUUUAAACUGUAUGUUUAAAGGAACUUUUGUCACCUUCAAAUCUAAUCAGUUUUAAAUAUAAGCUAAAAGUAGUUUCACCUGCCUAAGACUUUCCUGUCAGAUCUUGUAAUUUUACAGCCACUUAGUCCUGUAUUCGUAUGCUUUUCUUUGUCCUGAGGGUGUGAAAGCCCCAAAGCAAAGGAAAAGGUUUGUAGUGACAACAAUUCUACAGAAAGCAUUAACAAAUGAAGAAAGCAAAUCAACAAAAAUAUAAGGGAUUUAUAUGUACACUCCUAUAAGGGGAGGAGAGGGACUCAGGCUUGUCCACUAUUCUGGGUCUCAACAUAGGGACCCUCAGGAAGCUGCUUGGUCCCGCCCCCCUUCACUCUCCCUUAUUUGCCUCCUGUUCACUGAACCACUUCCCCUCUGCCUCUUGCACCCUCCUGGCCCCUGAAUCAAAGCCGGCAGCCUUGCAGGUAUCAGGCUGGAGCCUCAAUCCUACUUCUCUGAGCCUGCCCAUCACUGCUCUUUCUCCAAAGUGCUUCUCUGGGAACCAGUCCUUCACCCUCUCUGGUCAGGCCCCAACUGUACACUUCUCUUCUGCGCAACUCCUUAUAACCAAGUCUUCCCCAGCAAAAGCUGUUCUCUGAUUGGCUUCUUACAAGCCUCUCUCCUUUUCAGCCAGAGUGGGUCAGCUGUCCCAUGACAAAUCCCUUCUAAUUUCUUUUCAGUUAGAGUAAUCUUACAAAUGUGGGGUUAGAUUGUGAUUUGUACCGCACACUCAUGCAGAAAAAUAAGACCCUGUCUCGCACUACUAUGUAGCGAUACCUAAAUCAUGAAUCUGGGUGCAUGCUGCAUUUGCCU